UAAACAUUUCACCUUCCUCCUCCAGCGGCUCUAGCGAUGCUUCCCUCUCCUCUCCUCCUCCCAGUUCUCCUAGUCCUCUCCAUCCCGAUCGCCCUCGCCGACGCCGAUAAUGCAUCUCCUACCAUAUUCCUCUCCGUCUGCGGCAAAAACCAUACUCAAAACGCUGAAGAUUUUGACAUCAACUUUGUGGACGCCAUGGAAAAAAUCUUCCAGAACAUCACAACCUCCGGUUUCGCUACUUCUUCCUCCGGCUCUAAACUCACUGUAUUUGGUCUUGGACAGUGCUUUUCCUAUCUAUCCCACAUAAACUGCCAGCUCUGCUACUCCCAGAGCAGAGUCAAGCUUCCCCACUGCCUCCCCUCCACCUCCGGCCGCAUCUACCUCGACGGAUGCUUCUUAGAGUACUCCGAUCGGAACGUCUCUGAAGACUCAAUAGACGCUGCGGACGCUUACUCUUGUAGCAACACGACAAUCGACAAGACUAUCCGAUCCGUUUUUGCAAACUUGACGACGGAUUUGAUGAACAAUUUGACGGAGGCUGCGGAUGGGAACGCCGAUUAUUACAAGGUAGGAAGCGUGCAGGUGGCGCCAGAGGUGAAGGCGUAUGGGAUGGCGCAGUGUUGGAGAUCACUGAAUGCGACGGGAUGCAGGGAGUGUUUGAAGAAGGGGAGGGAGAGUAUUAUCGGAAAGUGUUUGCCGGCUGAUGAUGGUAAAGCCAUGAAUGCUGGUUGCUUUCUCAGGUACUCCACGGAGCCAUUCUAUUUGGGCGGGAAUGCUGGCGCCGGAGGAGAUUCUUCUGACAAACGUACAGUAAUAAUUGCUGUAACUACUGUUUUGGGGGCAAUAUUCGUGGCUGGAAUAGCUUUCGUUUUGUGGAAAAGGAGGUUGGCUUCUGGUUAUGGUGAGCAUGAUGAGAUCAUUAGAUCUAUCACACAAUCACAACUUGGUUUCAAAUAUGAUGAUUUGAUGAAGGCAACAGACAAUUUCAGUCAACACAACAAGCUUGGCCAAGGAGGAUUUGGCGCCGUUUACAAGGGAAUUCUGCCGAAUGGAAAAGAAAUAGCUGUGAAGAGGCUUUUCUUCAAUACAAGGAACUGGGCCGACCAGUUCUUCAAUGAAGUCAGUUUAAUCAACCAAGUCCAACACAAGAACCUUGUAAAGCUUCUGGGUUGCAGUGUCGAAGGACCCGAAAGCCUUCUUGUUUAUGAGUUCCUUAGCAACACUAGCCUUGAUCACUACUUAUUUGAUGCAUUCAAGAAGGCUGAGUUAAGUUGGGAAAGAAGAUUUGAUAUUAUUGUCGGCACCGCGGAGGGCUUAUCUUAUCUCCACAACGCCUCAGUGGUUAGGAUCAUACAUAGAGAUAUCAAAGCCAGCAAUGUGUUAUUGGAUGAGAAGUUUAGGGCCAAGAUAUCUGAUUUUGGAUUGGCGAGGUACUUUGCAGAGGAUCAGAGCCAUGUCAGCACUGGCCUAGCAGGAACUUUUGGCUACAUGGCUCCUGAAUACAUAGUUCAUGGACAGCUGACUGAGAAAGCUGAUAUCUACAGCUAUGGAGUUCUUGUUCUCGAAAUAGUCACUGGUCGUAAGAACCAAAACUCGAUUUCGACAUCGGCAGAAGGUUAUUCUCUAAUGCAACAGAUAUGGCAGAAUUACAACUCUGAUACACUAAUGAGUCUACUGGAUCACGACCUUGAAGGCAAGUGCUCGAAGGAAGAAGCUCUAAGGAUAUUCAGAAUAGGUCUUCUGUGUGUGCAAGCGUCUCCCUCGCUGAGGCCGCCUAUGUGGAAAGUAGUCGAGAUGCUAACGACCAAGUCAAGCGACCUGCCGGCCCCCACUCAACCUCCGUUCCUUAACGGUCAUGGUGCCCCGAACAGAUUUGCAGAGACUUCUCAUUCUUUAUCAUCCUCAAUGAUGUUCCCAGAUUUAGGUGAUCAGACAUCAAGGAAUGAAAUUUCAGUGAGCAUUUUUCAAGGGAGUUAGCGGAUGAGAGACCAAAGAAAGUCCAAAAAGAUGUUAAUGGCAGAAACAUCCAAACCCCAAA